UUACCGAAUUCGUACACGACGAUGGCGGACGCAGCAGAUCUUCCCGGCGCUUCAUCCAGUCAAAAGAUGUCGUCGAAACUUAUAAGACAAAAAGCACAGGAAUUUCUGACUUCUAGAAAACAUGCAAAUAAUUUAGUAGAUAUAAUUGCUCAAUGGGAUGAAUCCACCUCGUCCUGUUUGCUUACUAUAGAAACGAUAUUUGUCGAAGUUUUGAAGAGAGGCGACAUGUAUUUAGAGCGUACAAUAACGCUCACAAUUUCAGAGCCAAGCCCUGAAGCGAGAUAUAUCAAUUGGUUGAGGAAUUGUUAUGAAGAAGUAUGGGAGAAGAUACUUGUAUCAAUAGAAAAAUAUCGGCCAGCCAUUCAAUUACAAGCUCUCACAACUGCCAUAAAACUUAUGGCAGAAGAAGGUAAAAAUCCAUUGGAACCUAUUGGUAAUUUAGGAUAUUAUUUUCCACUUCAUCGGUUAAAACCCAUCUUGAUGAGCUUACUUUCACCGGAGAAGGACAAUGCUAGCUUAAUAUCUAGAUUUCAAGAAAUCAUAGAAUAUCCAGAUGCUCUUUACUACACAUGGAAAUGUCUUCCUUCUCUGACUCCAAAAAGGCAACCACACGAAAUUUACAUAAAAAAUUUACUAGAGCUUAUACACAAAUUACCACUGCCAAAAGAAACAGAAGAAAAUGAAAUAUCGGAAAAUAAAAGUUUAUUAUGUAGACCUCAACAAGCCACUAAAAAUUUUAUAUGGGAUCAAGCUGGAGCUAGACGCGCCCUUAAUAAAGUGUGGGCAUGUGUCAUGCAUUGGGUACUGACACCACAAUUACACAAACAGUUAUUAGUAGUUCUUCUAGAACGAGUUAUGCCACAUUUAGAAAAGCCUGUUCUACUAACAGAUUUUCUUAUGGAUUCGUUAGAUGCAGAUGGGCCUAUUGGCUUACUUGCAUUACAAGGUGUAUUUUUGCUGGUCACUAAACAUAACUUAGAAUAUCCUAAUAUUUUUACGAAACUGUAUUCCAUGUUUGAACCAGAAAUUUUUCAUACGAAAUAUAAAGCUCGGUUAUUUUAUUUAUCGGAUCUUUUUCUUAGUUCAACACAUUUACCAGAAGCAUUAGUUGCUGCUUUUGCAAAACGGCUUGCACGUUUAACCCUUGUAGCACCACCUGAAGAUAUUCUUAUAAUUUUACUUUUUGUUGGAAAUCUUUUAUUAAGGCAUCCUGGGUUAAAACGCCUUAUUGAUCAUCCGCAAGGAGGAGAAAUUUCAUCGGAAGAAAAUAACGGUGCUGGAGAUCCGUUCUUAAUGGAAGAACGAGAUCCUUUGUUAAGUAACGCACUUCUUAGUAGUCUUUGGGAAAUUAAAGCAUUACAGUGGCAUAUUGUACCAAGUAUCGCUAGUGCUGCACGUUUUAUUCGUGAACCUCUUCCUUCUGUUGAGUAUGACAUGGCGUCAGCUUUAGAACGUACCGGAGGACAUUUGUUUGAUAGUGAAUUAAAAAAGAAAGUCAGAGAUAUUAUGUUAACGUUUGAAAGACCAAAUUCUAUGGCUUUACCAAAAGGUGAAAGAUUACUGCAAUAUUGGCAAUUGACGACAAUGCACUGAUCAGUAAUAUCAAAGUUAUGCAUUAUAUAUGCAUAUUGUGCAAUAUGCAUUGUUAUAAAAAAAGAACUGUUUUUUCAAUGAAAACGCAAUGGAAAUAAUCAAGGACAUUCUGCGUUUUUUUAAAUACAUUAAAAACAGUAAUAGGAAAAUAUUGCAACUUUUUUAUUAUUUAAAAUCUAAAACAAUUGCAAAGGAAUUGAUUCAGAGUAUAUUGUUUCACGAGCAACAUGUAGAUAUGUAUUUUUAGAUCUUUAAUCAUGCAGCUAUAUAGCAUAACAAUUACUCGUGAAUGCUACCAAUUCUGUUAACUAAAGUCAUUUGUAUGCAUGAAUGUGUGAUAAUAAAAUGAAAGAUAUUUUAAUUUAAUAAA